UUUGAAAGUCGUCCACUUGCUUGAGACGUUGAGUGUUGUGGUCCUUGCUUGCUGGCUUUGGCUUUGCAGUUUGAGCAGUUUUGGUACAUAAAAAAUGUAUGUACACGGAUACAGAGAGAGAAAAUUCGCUUCAUAGUCGUCUGGUUUUGUUGUCCUGGCCCUCGGCGCGGUGGCGGUUGAGGUAGACUUCUUGCGCUACUGUAGCCUCAGGAAUCGAAUGCGUUUUCACUGUCUCAUCUAUGACUGUCUUGUAGAUAUUUGCUUUUUAUUGCUGAGUAAUUGUUGUGAAACUCACUCGCCACCAUGCUCUCAAGCUCGAAACUAGUUGUGCUUGCUUUGUAGUAGUGCCGGCUACUUGCUCUGCUUUCCUGUGUGGGGCUUGCGUCGUUGGCGUUUUCUGUUGAUUAGCAAACGAGCGAGGAGCUCCAUUGCCGUGUCAACGCCGCCGUUUACGGUGGAGAGAAGGAUUAUGUCCAUUGCCACUCCAACAAGUGUGGAGCGAUGCGAUAGUGGAACUGCUGAGGAUAUGCUUACCCGUCACGUUUGUGCUGACAAUAGCAUGGUGAUAGAACCCAGUAGCAUGGACGAACAUGCAUCAGCAACGUUCACUGUCUUCGACUCGUGGCAGCCGCAUGACCAGAUAGAAUUUGCCAAGCGUAUGCUUGAUCGAAUGACCCAUUUCCAGCAAGGUCAAAUCUCCAAUUACUUGCUUCAAAUUCUUCAACGGGAUUUCAUUUCGUGUUUGCCAGCGAGUGGCCAUUUCGACUUGGCAGUCAAGAUUCUCAUGUACCUUGAUCCAGCAUCGGUGUGUAAGGCUGAGCUUGUCUGUCGGAACUGGUACAAUGUUAUCCAGAGUGGUCGCAUAUGGAAACGCCUGAUUGAACAUCGGGUGCGCACUGACAAAGCUUGGGAGAAUGUUGCAAAGAAGAGGAAAUGGCGCGCUUUUCUCUAUCAUUCCAACACACAAGAUGACCAACUUGAAGGCGAGUACUUCCGUGGCCUCUACCCCGUUAUCAUCCGUGACACGCUUAGCUUGGAGCAAAACUGGCGUGACGGGCCUCCUGAGCUUCACCGCAUUCGUUGCCAGAGUGAAAACAACAAGGGUGUUUAUUGCUUGCAGUAUGACGAUGAUAAGAUUGUGUCAGGACUUCGGGACCACACCAUCAAAGUCUGGGACCGAAAGUCUUUGGACUGCAAGCAUAUUUUCACUGGCCACACUGGGUCAGUACUGUGCCUGCAGUACGAUGAGAAUAUCAUAAUUACUGGAUCUAGCGACACUACGAUUCAUGUCUGGUGUAUUACGACUGGUGAGAUUCUGAAUGUUGUGAAGCAUCAUACUGAGGCAGUGUUGCAUCUGCGAUUUCAAGGUGACAUGCUGGUCACAUGUUCCAAGGACCGCAACAUUGCUGUUUGGAGAAUCCACUCGCCGAAUCGUUUCGAAUUAAGAGAGAUUCUCACUGGUCAUAGGGCGGCAGUGAACGUCGUUGACUUUGACGACAAAUUCAUUGUGUCGGCAUCAGGCGAUCGAUCAUUGCGGGUAUGGCGGACAUCAGAUCUGCAGCACGUGAGAACCCUGCACGGCCACCGAAGAGGGAUUGCGUGCUUGCAAUAUCGUGACCGUUUGGUUGUUAGCGGCUCUUCAGAUUUCACGAUCAAACUGUGGGAUGUUGAGUGUGGUGCUUGUUUGCGCACAUUGGAAGGACACAAUGAGCUCGUCCGGUGCAUUCGAUUUGACGAGAAUCGUAUUGUUAGUGGUGCUUACGAUGGCCUGAUCAAGGUGUGGGACUUGAAAGCUGCUCUAAAUCCAAGAUCUCCAAACAAGGACUUGUGCAUCAAAACAUUGGAGGAACAUGGCGGUAGAGUGUUCCGGCUUCAGUUUGAUCAGUUUCAGAUCAUUAGUAGUUCACACGACGACACCAUUGUGAUUUGGGACUUUGUUACACCCAGCGAUGACAAGAACGAUCCCUUGCCAUUGUGGAUGAACGACGAUGAAGGCUCAAUGGAGGUUGUGUGAAGCUGCAUCCAACCUGAAGGGUAAUCAAACUUGCUUGCUUACUCCUCGCCAUAUUCUUUGGCCAACUUUGAUAUGAACACUGUCCGUAUUUCUGUGCGUGGUGGUGUGCACACGUCCGAUGCAACUGUAGCCGUCUGCAACUCAGUGCAACAAUUUAUUAUUUUUUUAUCCUCAAAGCAUUUUUGAAUUCAUCCUAUCAUACGGCCGGCCGUCCGAAUUCGGCCAUGCCGCAGCACACUCUCGAAUUUAUUGCACCGAAUACACUCUACUUCUUGGUGUCUGAGACGUCGUCUUCCACAGUUACGAGUGAAGUGAUUACUAUUGACGCGUGGAAAGCACGGUAGUGGGCAUUGCUCUUCUGCUGGGUGCUUCUCCUUGCACAUAAUUAGUUGCCCGAGUCGAACAGCACUUGCAGAAUAUUUAGCAUAGUGUUGUGCUCCACAGCCACCCAGAUACAAAAAAUUCAUCAAUGUAAAGUCCCCUCAUGUCAUGGCAUCUGCUCUAGCUUCGGCCAUCCCUUUCAAGAAAAUUAGUUGUCUGCUGGUUAGCUUCCCCCUCAUGCUUAGUGGGGCAUCAUUGAUGUGUGUAGCUCAGACACUAGACCAAUGCCUUUCCUUUCUAAUCUCUCUGUUAGACUUUUUCUGUAGGAGUUUUAUCGUACUUGACGUACAUGCAUAUCUCUGUGUCUUGGUGCAUUCAUAUCAAUAAUCAUUGUUUGUGUGACGUGUGUGACGUGUGUGUGUGUGUGUGUGUGUGUGUUAGUUUAGAAGUGAGCAUGCUACUUUACAGUGAAGUCCAUCAUUAUUAUCACCGCCAUCAUCAUAUUCAUGAUCAUUCAUUAUAAUCCUUUAUAUUCAAGGCACUUGUUCAGUUUUGUAAAGUGCUUUCUCAACAUGACUGUGUUGUACUGCUUCAAACGGUAUGUCCGCAUGGCUUCAGUGUCUUUUCAGUUUAUCUUAGCGUUGAUUGCAUUGUCUCAUAAUUAUGUUAUGGUACGAUAAAUUAUUUUACUUUUGCUGAUCGUUUAUCAACAUGCGCUGUGCUAUGGCUCAUCCAAUGUGUUACUUGUCCCGCCGUGGCUGGGUUCUGUGUGCAUCAUGCCUAGCUGUACCGACAGCAUGCAUGAUUCCCAUAGUACUUCACAAACAACAGAAAGUGUGUUCUCUGCA